CGGGAACCAGUUAAGCAUCAUCUACAAAACACGGUGCCUAUUACACGCUCGUACACAUUCGUAUGAAAUGUGUGGCACGAUUAUGUAAAGUAAGUGGAAGUCGUGACCAUGGCAACCAUUUCGUGAUUCUGAUGACUAUUAGAGAGAAAAACGACUUUUCCCAGGAAUCCAAUUGUUCUUAAAGUGAUGUUCUGAAGGAACACACGCGGAUGGGAUAUAUUUUCAUUAGGAUAGAUUCACCACCAACUAGAUCCAUCAGUUAAAUCCUCCUUUCAUUAUGCCAGCCGCGGCAGACACAGAAACGAGUGAAACAUUUGAUCCCAAUGGAUAUUUCAAGAAUUCCAACGGUGGUGUAUUUUCUGAAGUGGAACUAGCAGGGGAAACAGACCCCCUUAGGUCUGGGAACGUUGUUGAGGGGGAGGAAAAGAGCUCCGACAUCUACAACAUCCCAGUUCUAGAGACCAAACCUCCAAACUACAUGUGGCUGGCGCUGUGUACAACGGUGUUCUUCAAUCCCCUCGCGGGCAUAAUCGCCUUGGUGUUAGCCAUGCAGGCGGACGGAGAGUACAUGCGUAAUAACUGUGAACGAGCUCGACGUCUUGGGCGUGUGGUGAAGAUCAUCUGCGUCGUCUCCAUUGCUGUCACCAUCUUCAUCCUCAUCAUCGUCUCCAGCUUCUUUGUACCACCGACUGUCCCAGUCAGCACGUGACCAACAAAGAUGGUUUACCUUGUUGACAGUACUAGUGUCUCCAGUAUCAUGACACACUGAGUAGGUAGAACGCCGUGCAAUAAAUUAAUGGCACGACAUUAUUACGUCAUCAAAAACUGACGUCAUGAGUUACGGUUUUGAUUGGCUAUCGUCUUAUCAGAAAGUCAACGUGUGAUGUUACUUGUUAUUCAUCUUAGGGAGGUUAAUUUAACAUAUGGAAAUACGAGAUUUCAUUUUUAACCUGUUAUACGAAUGUGAACACAUGACACGCUUAAAUAUAUAUGAUAUGUUAUUCCUUAGUGGCUCGAUUAACAGGUAAAACCCCGGCAUUCCUUCAUGAAAGCUUAGCGACACCCAAUAUACUGCCAACAUCGCGUCCGCGCCAGGUCUUCGCCAUGGGAAAACACCAUCUGAUACAUGACGCCCACCGUCUGCAUCGUGUCUGCCGGACUGGGAAGUGGACAUUUCAUCUGUCACAGCGACUGUAGUGGUCAGUGUCGUCUAACGAAGAUUGAACAGCUGAAUGUAUAACAAGACCCUAUUAAGCGAACCAACCCAAGAGACCAUAUUCUGUUGACGUGAUUUGCCGUGUUUUUCUUAAGAUUGCUGUGUGUAAUUGGGCCGUUUUGACAUCAUCACCAAACUCUUGGCUUGCUCUCAUGAUUUUUGAUAAUUUUGCUCUAUGUCUGUUUAAAGGAGUUUUCAAAUGUCUGUAUUACGAGGCUGUAUGAAAUUCAUGUCCUCGUGGACAUAUUAUAACCUUUCUAUGUUUAUCUACCAAGUUCCGGUAGAUAUGUAUCUCAUCUCCUUUAACUAUUGCCUGACGCUAUAUAUAUUAACGUUGUUCCACUGACUUCGAUAAUAAUAACUUUAUUCGACUGCUACGUUUUAACUAUUAUACACUGUAAUCAACUGUGUGUAAGAACGACGUUCCUCCUCUUAUAAUUAUUACUAUAGUC